AUGUGUCGGCUACUGCUCCUCGUCUUCCUAGCCUUGCAGUACAACACUGAAGCUUUCAAUAUUUCGCCUUCUCCGAACCAAGUAAAAAAAUUUCCAAACCUGAAGACCCAUUUAAAACAAACGCGAAGCUCCUACUUUGGAUAUACGCUCGUCAUCCGGAAUACGAGCAUCAUAGUUGGAGCUCCUCGUGCUCAAUCCACAAUAGAACCGCAGAACAACAUCAACGAGACUGGUGCGAUCUACUGGUGCCCUCUGACGAACGAUGCCUGCAGUCCGUAUGUCCUGGAUUCCGAAGGAAAUGUUAAUGCAAGUAGAAAAGACGAAUAUCACUCGAUACGUAAGGACUUUCAGUGGCUGGGAGGAUCGAUGGACGGUGGAACUCGGGAUACGGAUAAGCUCCUCGUGUGUGCUCCACGACUCUACGCCCAAAGUAUAAUACAAAAUAACAACUAUAUGAACGGAGUGUGCUACUGGUUACAAAAUACCACUAAUAGCAGUAAUAGCACUCUAAAGCAAGUGAACCGCAUUUCACCCCUCCGCGCAAAAAAUAUGCAGGUCGUUAACGACAGUUACUAUUACAUUAUGGCCGAACUAGGACUGAGUGCGCAUGUCACCGAUAAUAACUUAAAGUUUCUAAUUGGAGCUCCAGGUAUCGAUACUUGGAGAGGAUCAGUGAUCCUAGUAGAAGACGUGGCCUCAAAGAAGAACACUCCAGAGUACCACAAAACCCACGUCCUGCAGCCAAAGAAUUGGCAACAGCCGUAUGACUCAACCUUUGGCUAUGCCGUGAGUUCCGGCUACUUUGACAGCCUCAAUACUUCACACCUUCUCUACGUGGCAACCGCUCCCCAUGCCAACAACCGAUCCGGCGAGGCCUACAUCUUCGAUGUCCGGGGAGAGAGCAUCCAGAGGUACAAGGACUUCCGGGGCGAAAAGUUUGGUGAAUAUUUCGGAUAUUCUGUGCUGGCGGAGGAUCUCAACGGAGAUGGAAAAACGGACGUCAUCAUAUCAGCUCCCUUUCACUCUUUGGAUGGUUGCAUCGAAAGCGGAGCCGUCUAUGUGUUUAUCAACAAGGGCUUAUACGAAUUUGAUCUCAAGAUUUUACGUUCGCCAUUAAAAACAAAUGCGCGAUUCGGAACAACUCUUUCUCGUCUGGGAGACAUUAAUCACGAUGGCUAUUAUGACGUGGCCGUCGGAGCUCCCUUUGCCGGAAACGGAUCGGUGUUCAUCUACCUGGGCGGAGAGUUUGGACUGCGGGAUCAGCCGAGUCAGCGGCUGGAUGCUCCUUCCCAGCAACCUUCCAAGUACGGAUCGCACAUGUUCGGCCACGGCCUCUCCCGCGGAUUGGACAUAGAUGGCAAUGGGUUCAACGACUUCGCCAUCGGUGCCCCCAAUGCCGAGGCCGUGUAUCUAUAUCGCACCUAUCCCGUCGUCAAAAUACAUGCUUCUCUAAGGUUGGAAACGCGACAGAUAAAACCGGAGCAGGAGAAGGUGAAGAUCACCGCCUGCUUCAGGUUGAGUACCACAGCCAAGGAAGUGCGUGUGCAGAAGCAGGAACUGGUCAUUCGUGUAACCAUUGACAAAAAGCUGAACCGGGCUUGGUUUGUCAAAACGCAGCACAAUGAGAUGAUAUUAAGGAAGACUGCUAGUCCUGACGAGAAUUGCACCGAUUUUGAUAUCCAGUUGCUACAUAGCAAAUACAUUUUCGUGCCCAUCGAUCUGAACAUGCAUUACGAACUGACCCAAAAGAUUCCCCACUCCAGCGAGUUCUGCGAAACCUGCGCAAUUGUGGAUCCGAAGGAACCGAAAUCUUGCACGGAGGCGAUUGUUUUUAUCACGGGCUGUGCCUCCGAGGUUUGUGUAGCUGAUCUUGAGAUAAGGAGCAAGAACUUGAGCUCCACUUUUAUUUUGGGCACUGCCGAUACCAUCGGACUAAGUUACGAGAUCACCAACAACGGCGAGACAGCUUACCUGCCCCAAUUCAACGUGACCAGCACUCCUCGCCUGGCUUUCUCUCAGGUUCCCGGAAACUGCAAAGUGGCCGACGCAGUUAUGGUGUGCGACUUGAACCGCGGACAACCGCUGGCCAAGGGCGACAGCGACUCCGUCACCAUCAGCUUCGAUGUGAGCUAUCUCCGCGGUCAGUCGCUGAUCAUCCACGCGGAAGUAUUCAGUACGGGAUACGAAAAGAACUCCACGGACAACCAGCAUAUUGACAAGAUCAGCUUAACGGAGUUCACUGAGAUCGAGGCCAGCGGUGCCCCGAUAAACGGUCAAACUGUUCUGAAACACUAUCCUUAUUCUGCGGAAAUCAUUAACCAUUACGAGAUUAGGAGCGGUGGUCCUAGUACUAUCGAAGAGUUAACGCUGUCCUUUUAUAUUCCCGUGGCUUAUAAGGCGAAUGAUUCUAUGGAAGUUAUACACAUAAUUAAUAUCACCAGUUUGAAGACGCAGGCCACCUAUGAUUCCCAGUCGUUGAGCGUCGCUCUGUACGACCAGAAUAAUACCCUGCUCAAUGGCUAUCCCUUUGAGAACGUAAACUCUUCAGCGGUACGAAGACGUAGGGAUCUUAGCCAAGAAGCAAAUGCCCAGCUCAACGAGCUGCUCAUUGAGGACAUUCCGCCAAAAGAUCGCUCAAUUGUGUUGGACUGCCGGGAAACCAACAUGACGAUCUGCAUCCGAGCCGAGAUGUUGGUUCAAUUUAGGCCGAGCAAACCAAUUAACCUAAACAUAAGUUUUAACGUGGAUCUCAGGGAAGUAAAGGAUCACUGGGAGUACUUUGUCAUCAUGACCGAUCUGAAGCUGCUCAAAAAGGGCGAUCUCAAAUCCGAAUCGUUUCAAAUUAACCGGAAAUUUGAACCAAAUGUGAUAUACAAGCCAUUUCAACUUGUUAUAUGGAUAAUCAUUAUUGCCGUGAUCGGGGGCUUGCUACUGGUCGCUGCGUUAUGCUAUGCACUUCAUAAGUUUGGAUUCUUUAAACGGGGAAAGAAACAGGAACUUAAGAAGCUAAUUCGAGAGAGUUUUCAGGUGUUGGAUGAGGUAGAAGAGGAGGAGGAGGCACUGAACACGGAGGAGCCAGAGGCAUUUAACAUAUACUAA